AUGGGCAACGCAGGUGGGGAGGAGGAGUAUAGGUUUGGUAAUACUGAUGCGUACGAAUUAAUUCACGAUCUACUGCGGUAUGCAAUGGCCCCAGAGACAGGGCCAAAUAUUGCCGGUCUGGUUGCCCGGGCUCCCUUGCCGCAGCAACCCAGCGCCUAUCAGAACUCCAUUCUCAGUCUGUACUGUCUGUACUCUGUACAGUCGGUAGGGAUUAGCCUUGGCACCCAUGUGUCUCGGGCUAUACUGCUAGCUGUCUCUGACCCUGGCCUAUAA